AUUCCCCCAUAACGAUGACAAAAGUACAUCCAGUUGAGGAGAGGAAGCCUCAUGAGGACUCUACACUCACUGAGAGCUCCCAAGCAUACUUUGAUAAGACGUCUGCAGAUGGCAAAAUAGAACUCACUGAGGAUGCUGCCCCGGAAGUUUUAGGAUAUUCUUGGUCUACAGCUAAGAAGUGGUACAUCCUCUCUGUUAUUGUCGUCAUUCAGAUUUCUAUGAACUUGAAUGCAUCGAUUUAUGCAAACAGUGUCGAGGGAAUGACUGAAGAAUGGGGAAUAUCCGCACAAGCUGCUAGAGUUGGACAAUGCGUUUUCCUUGUUGCAUACGGUUUCGGUUGUGAAUUCUGGGCACCAUGGUCAGAAGAACUUGGUCGUUGGAGUGUUCUCCAAAUUUCGCUCUUCUUUGUUAAUAUUUGGGCACUGAUGUGUAGUCUUGCACCAAAUUUCGGUACCAUGGUUGUUGGUCGUUUCCUUGGUGGCCUGUCGAGCGCCGGUGGAUCUGUCACACUCGGUCUUGUCGCUGAUUUCUACAAUGUUGAUACGCACCAGUAUGCAAUCGCCUACGUCGUAUGGAGUUCCUGUUCAGGAAGUGUCGUCGGUGCUAUUGUUGGUGGUUUCAUCCAUUCGUUCAGUACGUGGAGAUGGGUCUUUUGGAUUCAACUUAUCUUCGGUGGUUUCGCACAAGCUAUCCAUUGGGCAAUUCCAGAGACAAGAUCAUCCGUCUUGCUUGAUAGAGAAGCUAAGAGACGUCGUAAGGAAGCCGCAAAAGAGGGCAAAGAACUCAAUAUUUGGGGACCAGGUGAAAUUCGUCCUUACAAGUUUAACUUAAAGGAGACAGCUAUUAUUUGGAUGAGACCAUUCGAGAUGUUCGUCAGAGAACCAAUUGUUUUGUCUUGCUCCCUCCUUUCUGGUUUCAGUGAUAUGCUUAUAUUCAUCUUCUUGGAGAGUUAUGGAGCCGUUUUGAGUCAAUGGGGCUUUAAGCCAUGGGCUAGUGGUCUUGGUUUCGUUCCUAUUCUUAUUGGUUACUUCAUCGGAUGGUUCUCUUUCUUCCCUACUUUCAGAUCACAAACUAUCAGAAGAAAGCAAGAUCCAUUCUCGGUUUCCCCAGAAAACAGACUCUGGUGGUUGCUAUGGACGGCUCCUUUGCUUCCAAUUGGUAUGUUAAUGUUUGCCUGGACAUCACUUGAAGAACGCGGUAUCCACUGGAUUGGUGUUAUGAUCAGUUCAGCAGUCGUAGCUAUUGCUAACUACAACAUUUAUCUCGCAACAGUUGAUUACAUGGUUGCUGCAUACGGUCCAUACUCUUCUUCCGCUACUGGUGGUAAUGCUUUAGCUAGAGAUGUCUUGGCUGGUAUCUCUGCGAUGUUUGCUACACCAUUCUACAGUCAUUUCCCUAACUACACAUUGGAACUUCCAACUACCAUUCUGGCUUGCAUCGCAUUAGUUCUGAUCAUUCCGGUCUUCCUGUUAUACUUCUACGGACCACAAGUUCGUAAUAAAUCAAAAUUCGCUCAACUUUUGGCUGAAAAUAGAGAAACAAGCCAUCUGAAGAGUCAAGUACGUGAAGAAAAACAAUCACGCUUUGAGCACGUCGAAAAAGCAUAGCUUGGAUAUAUAGACUAUAGAAUACCAUUUAUAGACUUUCUUGUAGAUUAAUAAUUUUCAUAGAUUCCUGAAAUAGCGAAAACAAACCGG